UGUGGGGAGAAAAGUGAGUGCAGGGGCAAAAGUUGACUCUUCCACUACAAUUUCAUCCCCAGGACACUCCUGCCUACCUUUCUGGGAGUAGCUAUAUGUUUUGUUUUGCUUUUUUGUUUUGUUUUGGGUUUUUUCAUCAAAGAGGCGUGAGGUGAGGGACUUGUCACAAGUCCAUAAAUAGACAGUGAGGCUUUGGAUGGACCGUGGAUGAGUACAAAGUUGAGCAGGAGAAGGAAACGGAGGAGUGCUGCUUUGGCUGCAAGCUGAUACCUCAUUUGUCUCCUCUCAGUUCUCCUCCGUUACCAGCCUGGACGCUGUGCUGCUUCAUCCAUGCGUCCAUGAUUCCACUCCGGAUAUCUGCUCAAGGUCUUCCACACAGUGCAAUGUGGUUGAACUUGUGAGCCUGACGUGAGCAACAUGUCCCCUCGGAGCCGUGCCGUGCUUGGACUUACUUGGAGUUGCUUAACUUUUCUGUCCUGUGCUCAUUGCGCCUUCAGUGACAACCAUGUGCACUCCAGUUUUAUCUACAGGAAGUUGCGCAAUCACGAACGACGGGAGAUCCAGAGGGAGAUCCUCUCCAUCCUGGGCUUACCUCAUCGUCCGAGGCCCUUCUCUCCCGGGAAACAGGCGUCCUCCGCUCCACUCUUCAUGCUCGACCUUUACAACGCCAUGGCCGUGGAGGAAGAGGGGGUGCCGCAAGGUGCAGGGAAGAGCCACAUUGCCAAGGCCCAAGGGCACUCCAGGAAGGGUUACUAUAGCCCCCAGCAUGUGGGCUACUCCCGUGUGGCCCAGUCCUACCGAGCGGCCCCUCUGCUGGGUCAAAGCCCGGCGCUCAGCAUAGCGCAUGACAACCACUUUCUCAAUGACGCCGAUAUGGUGAUGAGUUUUGUCAAUAUAGUGGAGAAAGAUAAAGAUUUCUCUCACCAACGAAGACACUACAAGGAGUUCCGUUUUGAUCUGACUCAGAUCCUGGAUGGAGAGGCGGUCACUGCUGCAGAGUUUCGCAUCUAUAAGGACCGCAGCCAUGGCCGCUUUGACAAUCUCACACUGAAGGUCACUAUUCAUCAAGUCAUUCAGGAGUUUCCAAAUAAAGAUGCGGAGACCUUUUUGCUCGACUCCAAAAGGGUCCAAGCAUCUGACGGCGGUUGGCUGGUGUUUGACAUAACGGCCACCAGUAACCACUGGGUGAUGAACCCACAGCAGAAUCUGGGCCUCCAACUAUGUGUAGAGACUUUAGAUGGGCGCAGUAUCAACAUGAAGUCCGCCGGCAUUGUGGGGCGCAAUGGGCCUCAGUCCCAGCAGCCCUUCCUGGUUGCUUUCUUCAAGGCCAGCGGGGUGUUGCUUCGCUCCGUCAGAGCCGCCGGUGGGAAAAAGAAAAACCACAACCGCAAUAAAUCAACUCAUCAACAGGAAUCAUCAAGGGCACCGAAAACUGGAGAUUAUAACACAAGUGAACAAAAGCAAGCCUGCAAGAAGCACGAGCUUUAUGUCAGCUUUCGUGACUUGGGUUGGCAGGACUGGAUUAUAGCGCCUGAAGGCUACGCCGCUUUUUACUGUGACGGUGAAUGUUCAUUUCCGCUCAACGCACACAUGAACGCAACCAAUCACGCAAUUGUCCAAACUCUGGUCCAUUUAAUGUUUCCUGACAAUGUGCCAAAGCCGUGCUGCGCCCCGACCAAACUCAAUGCUAUUUCGGUGCUUUACUUUGAUGACAGCUCAAACGUCAUUCUCAAAAAGUAUCGAAAUAUGGUGGUGAGGUCUUGUGGUUGCCAUUAGUGCCUGCGGUUGAUUUUAAUUUAUGCUCUCUGGAGUAGGUUGGAAAACGCAUCGUCUCUGGCUGUGGUGUGAUGUACAGUGUUAUGUAUAUAGAGUUUUAUUACCUAAUUUAUUCUCUGUUCAAAAUAGCACUGAAUAUUGUGAUAUUUAUAUGAUUAGUAAUCAUAAUGUUGAUUUCAUUUUGAUCUGAAAUAAUUACGUCCGUCGGCAUAUAGUCUUUCCGGAGUUAUCGUGAUAGACAUUUUGUUCUUCUUUUCGAAGCGAUUGAAAUUACUCUGCAAAACACCAUGCUGAGCUCUAUUCAUUUUGUUACCAAUUGUGAACUGUUGAGGUUAAAGUGUAUAAAAAAAAUAAAAAAACGGCAAAAGAAUUUCGAUCACAAAUGGCUGUUGGAAAUGUUGGAGAGGAAAAUGGGAGUUUUCUAAUACAAACAAACGGCAGAGACAUUUUCUAUGUAGCUGUCAUCAUCUUUCAGCUCCAAUGAUAUUCUUCACCUUUUCCAUUCCAGCUCUUUUGUUUGUUGUGAGCCCAUAUGGAAUUGUGAUAUUCAUUGUUCACUUAACUUAACCAAAUAUCUCAUUCCUCCAUGGCGUUCGCUGCAAAACUCUUCAUUCGAUUUCAUAUUCAUUGUUCACUUUACUUCACCAAGUAUGUCAUUCCUUCAUGGCAUUCGCUGCAAGUCAUUCUAUUUCAAUGUGAUGUUCGGAUAAAGUGUAUGUAGAAUGCAGUGUAUUUUUAAUAAACAUAACACCUGUA